AUGCGAGUGUUUUGUCUUCGGUCUCUGGCAGCUUUGCCUGCUGGCUUAGCGGCUCGGUUCUACGGCGGGCAGGGUGGAGCACGACCUCCUGUAGGUGGGCGAUAUGCGCGGGGCGGCGGUCCUCCGUAUCCGGACAGACGGAACGCGCCCACGGAGCCACAGAUUGUUGCCCGCCUCAUCACAUGUUUCCCGCGUAUCAAGACAUUUGUUCCGAUCAGUCGAUGGGCUGCUACGCUUCCAGAUGACCUGCGAGAGGCACUGGUGCCGUACGGAGGUCUUGGUGCCUUUGCCAGCGCGCAGAGCAACUUUUUCAUGAUUCGAAAGGAGAAUGGCGUGCCCGUGGCGUCGCUGUCAGCGAUGGGGGCAGAGCUGGCAAUGGAGCACGAACGAAAGGAAAAACAAGAGCAGAAGCGAGCGGAGAAGUUCAGUCAGAGGAAAGACAACUUUUCGCCGCGGGGCCGUAGCUUUUCUCCGUCCCGAGGCGGCCCGCCACGGAAAUAG